AUAGAAGUGUUUGCAGUUUGGCCACCUCAAUUUCCUCUGUUAAGGCUAUUUGGCAAGCUGAGCUUCAGACAAAUCUGAAUUCUGAAAUUUGAAUUGCCUUUCUCCUCCUGGAUUCAGUCUUUUUCCUGUACCCUUCUCCAUGAAUCCCAAUCCCAAUCCCAAUCACUACCUCUCCCCUUAUCCCCCUCAAAACCCUAACCCUACCCCUAAUUUCUUCUUCCGCCCUGUUCCCCAAGUCCAACCCCCUCCACCACCACCGCCACCACCACCUCCACAAAUUCCUCUGACCACCGCCACUCCGAUUCCGGAUCUCUCAACCUCGCUUUCGUCUCUCAAGUACCUCAUUUCUCUGUCUCAGCAAACCCUCACUUCCUUGUCUUCUCUCCUCCAUCCCAAAACUAGCUCUCCACAGCCUCAAAAUGUUAACCAUGUUUCCUGCCCCUACAACCCUCACCACCGCAUGCCACCAGAGUCGCUCUUUCGCCAUUCUCUUCGCUGUCCAUCUCCUCUCUUUGAAGACCCCACUUCUCUUAUUGACUCUCUGCAUUACCCAAAAACCUUAAACCUCCAAAACCCCGAUAAAAAUUUCAUUGCUCGGCCAGUUGAGGACUCCAAUAAUGCUGAACCUUGCUUGUCUUUGGAUGGCUAUUUCAACGAGUUUGGUUCCAAUUUCUUUUAUAAAGAUUGCCCAGGUGUUGUUAAAUUCAAUGAUUUAGACAACUCAAAUAAAAUGUUUACAUUACCUGGUGUUUUAUCAGUAGAAUGUGCAAAUUUUGUUGAUAGUAGAGAGAGAGAUAUUAAGUCGUUUGACAAAAAUGGGCUUAGAAUUUUGCCAUCAGAUUUGUGGGCGAUUAGGAGAGAAGUUAUGGGUUGGGUUGACUAUCCGAGUACAUACUCAUAUGGUGCUUUUUGUUCCAAUUUGCAGUUAAAUGCAAUCAAAGUUAGUGACUUGAGGAGGUGGGUCAUUGCCAAUUCUCCACGUUAUGGGGUGGUGAUUGAUGUUUAUAUGAGGGAUCAUGUAUGUGUGCUUUUUAGGCUUUGUUUAAACGCAAUUAGAAGAGAAGCUUUGAGUUUUAUUGGUCAUGGUAUGAAUAUGAAAACUUUGAGUUAUGACUGUCCAGUUUUGGGUCAAGUUUUGAUGUGGAUUGCUUCUCAGCUUUCUAUUUUGUAUGGUGAAAUGAAUGCGAAGUGCUUUGCUAUUCACAUUUUUGGGCAAUGUGUAUUAGAGGCUGCUAAUGGGGUGUUGUUUCCCUGGGAGUUUGAUUUGAAAGAAAGAUCAACAGAGUUGGAUGCUAACGAUAGUGGCCUGAGAGAUGUUAAAUUUGGAGAACCUCUUGAAGGAAGUAUGGAGUCUAAAGUAGGUAAAGAAGUGGAUGAAAAUACUGAUGUAGAGGGUAUUUUUGUGUCCCAAGUGGCAGCUGCAGUUGCAGCAUUGCACGAAAGGUCACUACUAGAAGCAAAAAUAAAGAAAUUACGAAUACCUCAACAACUACCAAGAUAUCAGCGGAUGACUGAGCAUGAUUAUGUAUCAAAAAGAGCAGAUGAGGAGCGUAAGGCACGUUCUAACUAUAGAGCUAUUAUUGAGCAUGAUGGCCUGCCUUCAAGGAAAUCAAGUAACCAGGAAACAAGCAAGACUAAGACUAGAGAGGAGUUGUUGGCUGAAGAAAGGGAUUACAAACGCCGAAGGAUGUCAUAUCGUGGGAAGAAGUUGAAAAGGACAACUUUACAGGUGAUGAGGGAUAUAAUAGAUGAAUAUAUGGAGGAAAUCAAACAAGCUGGAGGGAUUGGUUGCUUUGAGAAGGUAGCUGAAGAGGAAGGGCUGCCUCGUAAACCACCCUCCACAACUGAUAUUGCUUUGGAUGUUAAUGAGCUAAGGAAAAGCAGUAGCAAGUCUUCUGAAGCAAUAAGAUCUACUCCAAAUCAUUACCAAAAACAAUUACACUCCGAUCAUAACAUCAGAUCUACAACUUCCAGGGAUGCUUCACUUCAAUAUUCUGAGCAACGGGGACAAGGCCAUAAUAGGCAUCAUGAACAAGUAGAAUAUCCGAGAAGUGCCGGUCGAGACAGCCAUGGUAGACAACCUUAUUCUAGAAGUCCAGAAAGACAUAAAAGUCAUGGCCUAUUGCAUGAACGGAGUAGCCGCUAUAGAGAACGAGAUGGUGUGGAAUUGACCAUUAUCAAACAUCAUGAGAAAAGAUCUUCUUGCAAGUCCAACUAUCAAAAUUACAAGUCAUCUCAUUCUUUAUCAGAUUCUUCUAAUAAUCAUGGUGUGCAGAAGGAUGAUGAAAAAUGGGCUGUUAGAGAUAGGCAUCUAAGACACUCGUAUGGGGAUCACAGUUCGAAUGUUCUGGCAAAAAAUGCAUUUGAGGAUAGGUACAACCCUGCAGAAUCUCAUGACACAUAUGAAGAUGGUGUCUACACUGGAAACAAGUAUGUCAGACAAGAAGAAUUCCAUGAAUAGGCUAGCAGCAUUUCUGCAAAGGCUUGAGAAACAUUCUGACAAAUUGCAUAUGGUUAUCCUCAGAAAUUUCCAACUAGUUUCCUGUUGUGGGUAGGAAGUCAUCAGGCUUCAGCAAUUGUAUCCUUCUUUGUAUCCUUGACUGUUUUAUUUUCUUUUUGGUUCUCUAUCAUGUACAUGGUGACUCCUUUUUCACCCUUUUUUUUUUUAUCUAUUUGAAGCAACAUUAACAUGUAGCAUGCAAUGCUAGUAAGGUUUUUCUUUUUUUUUUUUUUUUUUUUUUUUUUUUUCAAUAUGAAGAUUUUGGAAUUAUCACAAUAGUUAGAUUGAUAAUUGAACUAUCUUAUUACCAAAAGGUAAUAACCAAUCAGCAGGGUUUUCAUGUUUGCCUGGAUUAGAACAGUGUCAAGUUUAAAAUUCUUGGUUCUUCCAGGAGAAAGUUGAAAUUACCCUUCUCAUAAUUUUUUUAUGUUGACUUUCCUCCAUAUUUGGAGUAUUUUAUUUGUAUACAUGCAACGCUAGGUUAUCCUUUUGAAUUUGCUUAUAACUCGCAUUACUGCUUGUAGAUUACAAAAGAAGGCAACAAUGUUUUCCAGAGAAUAUGUGUGAAGUUUUUGGAGCUCCAUAUGGUUUGAAAAGAAGGUUGACAAUGAAAUUAAUGAAUUUCUCACCAUGGUAAGAUGAUUUUUCACAGAAGGGAUUUUUCACAGAAGGCUUUGCUUUUUUGUCUUAGUGGUUGCACUUGAGAUGUAGAACUGGAGUUGGUGCUCAUCUGCUAUUGUGUUUUUUUUCUUUUACUCCCCUCGACUGUUGUGUUUUACCGUGUAAUAUGAAUAUAAAAUGGUUCUAACAUUUUGACUCUGAUUAUAUAUAUUGUUUUUACUAA